AUGACUGCGACAACUGUGUGCGGCCUGGCGGUCACUGACGAACAGGCCUUCGCGGGAGCAGUCGUCCAGUUCAAAUGCUCUACCGCUCUCAGUGCCCAGUACAUCAGCUUGGAGAUAACUACAGAGUAUUCACCGUACUUAGAGAUUGCCGAAGUCGCAGUCAAACAGUACAAAUCGGAGGAGUGUGUCCCAAGCAACACUCUGACGUUCAACGACGACUCGACCUCUGCGAGCAGUUUCAAAAAUCCAGCACAUGACGCGGUAGAUGGCAACUUGAACACUUUCUCAACUACAAUAGCGAAGGAGAUCGACUCCACACAUUGGUGGCUGUUGGACUUGGGUGACACACACUGGGUGGGUAAGGUCACCGUGUUCCUCAAAUCAGUGUACGGCUCGAUUUCGGUUCGAACUGGAAACAGCUCCGACUACGCAGAAAACACCCUCUGCGCCCAGUUGACGGCCACAUUGGUCUUGGAGUUUGUGUGCACGAAGCUAACACUUGCAAGGUAUGUCAGCGUAGAUGUUCAACUAGCCUCCCAACGAGUACUUCAGAUUACCGAGGUGUUCAUCAAAGAGUUCGCGUCUGGGGAGUGUCAAGCAAGCCAAAAGGCUGAAGUAAGAGCCACGUCAUUGAGCCCAUGGUACGGGAGUGGGUAUGGCGCAGAGAAGGCAGUAGACAGUAACCUCAACACAUUAGCACAAACAGGUACAUCUAAUGAGAACCCCUUGUGGUUGAUGGAGUUAACAUACGAGAGCUGGUUGACGCGGGUGACUGUCGCAAUCAAAACACCGGGUUACCACUUCAUCGGGGCAGUGGUUCGGGUUGGACCGAGCCCGCACAACCUGACUGUGACGUGUGGAGCGCCCGCUACGGAGAGUCAGUGCCAGCCCAGUGCUGUGAUUCACUUUCUGUGCGACAGACCCACGCUGGCGAGGUACGUCUCUCUUAGCAUAGACACCAAUGGGUCGAGACAGGCGGUGUUGCAAAUAGUCGAAGUGAUGGUUGACGAUUACGAGAAUGAGGAAUGUGCCCCAACGAACGAUGUAUUAAGCAACGGUUGGACUGCUUCGCAAACUAACACCAUAUCGUCCUCGGCAAACGCACUCGAUGGCAACAUCAAUACAUACUUCGAGACAGCUCACGGUGAUGACCAUCCUUGGUGGAAACUUGACUUGGGCGAUAAUUACUGGUUGGGCGUCAUCGCAGUCACAUUGAGAACUGAUUACUACGCACAUGGCUUUCUCGACGUCGUAGCCCGAGCUGGUCCCAAUCUGGAUUACUCAAUGAACCCAGCGUGUGCUUUAGUGGGGCCGGAACCAGACAUACUAGCCGGGUCUGUCGUUCAAUUCCUGUGCAACCCGCCGGUGUUAGCGAGGUACAUUAGCUUAGACAUCAACCAGGCUGGCCCUUCAAUGCUUCAGAUUGCUGAGGUGGUCGUCAAAGAGUAUAACUCCAUGGACUGUGUCACUAACGACACUCUUUUUGCAUAUGACUGGACAGCGACACAAAGUAGCGACUUCGCCAACAAACCAGCACGUGUUGCAACCAAUGGCAGGAUUUCAACCUACUCUAGCACAUUACGUGAACUUCAUCCAUGGGUGCGAUUUGACUUGGGCAGUGAACACUGGUUGGGCAGAAUCUCACUCGUUCUAGCUUCAAGCCAAUAUGUUACAGCUACAGUGCGAGCUGGACCUAGUACAGACUACGCCGAAAACACACAGUGCGGCUUAGCAAUAACGGCGUCUGAGCACCAGGUCUGGGCACUGGUUGAACGUGUCUGCGAUCCACCGAUGAUGGCGCGAUACAUCACAAUGGAUGUCCAGCACCCUACAUCUCCUACUGCUUUAGUAGUUCUGCGAAUCGCUGACAUUGCCAUCAAGAAAUAUGCAUCCGAAGAGUGUGCCAGGAAUAGCACUUCUACUGUUAUCAACGGGAAAGCAAGACAAAGCAGCGAGACCGAGAAGUAUCCAGCAAGCAAUGCAAAUGAUGGCAACCCAGGGACAUAUUUUAAGUCCGCCAACUUUGUGAUCGAUCCUCAGCCUUGGUGGCAAGUUGACUUAGUUGACAGUCACUGCAUUGGUAAAAUCACCGUUACGUUUCAAGACAACACACUGGAUGGCAAUGUAAAGGCAAAGGUCUGUGCAAAUGGUACAGAUUUCUCUACAAACGAACAGUGUGGCUUACAAUGCACACCAACACGGGUCUCAGAUACAGUACAGUACUUCUUGUGUGACCCGCCAUCUUACGUAAGGUAUAUCAUCCUGGCCGUGAAGCCUUCAGCUGAUGUCUCGACUCCAGAAACGGUUCAUCUCAAAAUUGCUGAGGUAACUGUCGAACAGCACUUGUCCGGAGUUGGGCCGUGUCUCAAUUGGGACGACCCUAAGCGCAAAACGAAGGCGGCCUACAUCAGUAAGAAGUUAAAAGGCAGUUUGACAACGAGUGAGGGCGCUCUUAAUCCCCUAUCUACUGCAGUCACCAGCAGUCUAAAACAGUGUAUCAGCGACUGCCUCCACCAUACCAGCUGCAUUUCUAUUAUUUUCUCGACACUUGGAGCAGAGUGUUCUCUUUACAGCCGGUACCAAAGUGACUUGUUCAGGCUUUCUGACGAAGAGGAUAGCUAUUGGUUGAUUGAAUUAUCGGAAUGAUUUUUUUUAGCAAUAAGCAAUAGGCUAGUUAAGAUUUGUUAAAUGUUGUUAUUAUUAUUUGUACUCUGCGUAUGAAUGUAGUUUAAAUCCCAUUUUCCCUGGUUUCUACGAGAUACGCUUAAGAAACAUAUUUAAAAGUUUGAGUUGGCAGUGCAUGGUCGUUCAUCCGUUGGAUUUUUUACAACACAGACUAGUCCGCUGUCUCAGGGGAAUUCCCAUUGACUCGUACACUAUAGCGAGCCUUAGUCUGCUUUAUAGUUAUACUAUUGUUUGUUAUACCUGACCCCACCCGUGCCGAUAUUUAUGGGUCCGCCCCUGGAAUGGUGAAAAAUAAUCUCUAGAUAAUCUAAAAGUCUUUAUGGGAUACGGUUAUCAGUUAGUUUUAAGCAUUGUCAGUUGUCAAUCGGCAUGUUUUGUUUCAACGUCCCAAAUGGGCACACAUUAUGAAAUUUAAUCAGAUUUUUAACCUACGGGGAAGUGACAUGGAACAAUUCUACUCUCGCGUCUAAAUUUAACUUCCCAGCUCAGUUCAUUACAAAGUCCGAAUAUGGUAUAAUAAUAAAAACCAUUCAUAUAUUUACUCAGCAUGAGAACAAUUGAUCAAGGUAAAUGUGGACCCAGAUCGGACACAAACACAGUGGAUAAUGCCUACAGCUCAAAAAACAAACACCAAUUAAAAAACAUACCUACUAGGAGGUCCCAAACCCUCGUUGACAAAAGACAAAAGAGAUCGCGCCAAAGUACAAUUUUCUUACAGUGAAGCUGAUUGACUGUUUUGCUUCUGUUUAAAAUGGUUUACACAGUGGUAGAAACUCUCGUCCGUCUAUUUCGAUAGUUAUUUGAUACCUGUGUGUGUAGAUAUUUUCGCUAGAAGUACACUAGGACAUUAUGUAACUUCUGGUUCUAAAUGAUAAAACAAGACCAGUGUUGACAAUUACCAAGAAAGGAGUCUACCACAGAAGUCCAGUGCCUUUAAUAUGUAUUUUACAAAUGGCAACUGUGCGAUGGUUUUUUUUUUGCAAAUAUCUUUCUCGUGAUAUUUGCCGUGUGUCAAAAUUCCAUGGUUGUAUUCUCAAAGACCCCAUCUCCCUAGAUACUUGCCUGCCUAUUCACAGCCAAUAUACAUGAAAGUACUCUGUUAACAUAUAUAAACUCGAAUCAACAAUUGAGCCAAAGUGCAUGCGUGAUUUAUGGUAUGACUUACUGCGUUAAUAAGAAAAAGGCUUUUAGUCCUCGAGCAAUGACGUUCUUCUACCACCCCCCCCCCGCCACCCCUUCAACAACGAGCCCAAUUUAUCAUGCAUGGGUAACUAUGCGCAGCAAAACAUUCACUGUGAGGUUGCGUCGACUAGUAAGAAAUGCUCUCCCUUUGAAAGUAGGAUGGAGAAAGAGGUUGUGGUUUUUUCCAUUCCAUCUUUCGCUUUGUGUUCGCUUUUGAAGCUGUCUGUUUUGACUGUAUGAGGUUGUAUGAUUCAACAGAGUCUAAACCUCAUGGGGUGCUUAGUUUAAAAGACUCUUUGGAAAAAAACCCACAAACAUUUAAAGUAAAAUUGCACACAAACAUAAAACAACAGUUCAGUCUUGAAGUUUUAGUUACUUUCUUUUCAUUUUGAUAUUUUUUCUCGUUAUUGUCUAAAUACAUCAGUUCAAAUUUAAAAGGUUUUUUUAACGUCAAUUUAUUAGAUUUGUGUUUUGUUUUCUUGUUGUGUAAGUUAUUGAAGUACUCACUUGUGUGAGUGUUGAAUUGAAAGUUCUAUAUGACAGGAGUCGUACAACUUUGAAGCAAACAGCAUCAACAACAACAAACAAACAAACAAACAAACAAACAAACAAACAAACAAACACACAUACACACACCAAUACAGAAAGCACUUAAGUGCAAUGCGAGGUAUAUGCAAGACUAACAUAAUGGUGUUUACGUUCACACUAGUGAAGCUAACUUCGCUGCCAAUUUCGCUGCCCGCUAACAAUCCCAAAACGUUUCCUAUUUACGGCCAGCCACGUGAGGUAUCGUCAACCUCCUUCCCAUACACAGUCAACUCAUGGACUGUAAAACGAUGAUAGAGCGCACAACUGGGGACGAAAUUGUAACACUCAGCUGAUGACGCAGUGACAAGAAUAGGUUGUUUUUAUACAAAAGAACCGCGGGCGUUCAAUUCCCAAAAGACAUCGAUGUUACAUGGUUUAAGUGUGAUAGUUAGAUUACACACCAUGGGGGUGUGAAAUCUUAUUACCGCUGUUGUUGGGAAUUGAACGCCGCCAGUUCUUGUUAAUAGAAUCUUUAAAGACAGUGUACACUUUUAGGUUUUUAUUGCUCGAUGGUUUCAUUUUAAUCAUAUAGACGAUGUGACCUGUGACGUCACAUGUUUACAAAAGAGCCACAGAGAGCCGG